ACAAACAAAGCACGGGAACUCGUUGGCUUUGCCGUAGAGACUUGGCCACAUAAACUCCUCACACAUAACAACAACACAGAAGACACCAAUCCUCAUCAUUCUUCCUCUAGCAUAGUAAUAGAAGCCUACAAAAUUUUAUCCAUUCUGUGCCCAUUUAUCUCUCAACAUUUGCUCCAAAUUAACUUGUCCAGAAAGAGGAGAGAAAAACCCUGAUAUUUUGUAAGUUGUAACUGCUUGUAUUAUUACAACAACACAGUUUGUGUGGUGCAAGGUAGAAAAAAACAAAGAAAAUCAUGUUGGCCCUACAAUAAUCUAAACAGCACGUCUCUCUACCGCUUAUCUCUGAAUCCUUAUCCUUUUUCCAACAACAAGAACGGAGUUUUAACUUGUUAUUUCACUUCCCUGGCAUUUUCUCUGCAAAACCCAUAUCUUCUUUAGGACCGCGGAGGUUGUUUUGGAGGGGGUUUGUGGGUUUUUUUAAUUUAUUUUGAAAACCCUUGAAUAAUCCUGUGCUUUAAAGGUUUAUUCUUUUGGAUUAAAUCGAGGGUUUUUGUUGUUUGAUUUUUAUUUUCAAGGGUUUAAUUGGAAAUUUCUGGGUUCUUUUUGCUUUUUGCUUUUGUUGGUUAAAGAUGGCUUUAGGUUCAGUUUUAUUGGAGAUUUUGCAAAGACCUACAAUUGGGGAAGUGUUGAGUGAGAUUUUGAUUUUUGUGAUUCCUUUGUGGGUUGCUGUUGCUGUUGGGGUUCUUGUGGGGUGGGCAUGGAAGCCUAAAUGGGCUAGUAAUUUGAGUAGAGAAAUGUUGUUGGAUUCCAAGGUUUCAAAGGAGGCUAAAAAAGAAGGAGAAUUUUCAGCAACAACAAGUUCUGUGAUUCCAAGUUUCAAUAUUUUGAAGUUUCAGUUGCCAAGUUGUGUUUCUUGGGUUGCUGAUGAUGGUGGGAUUCAAAAGGACUCUCUCUCUGUGCCACCUACCCUCAAUUCUGAAUGCAGUUCAUCAAAAAUGAAAAAGGAAAAAUCAGAUCUUGUGAUGGAAGAUGAUUUGGAGCAUUUGAGCAAGCUGGUGGAAGUGACAGAUGGAGGUCCUGCUUGGAUUCAGAUGAUGGAUCGUUCAACACCUACUAUGAGCUAUCAAGCUUGGCGCAGAGAUCCUGAGACUGGCCCUCCACAAUAUCGUAGCAGAACUGUUUACGAGGAUGUCACACCUGAACUGGUGAGGGACUUCUUUUGGGAUGAUGAAUUUCGAGCAAAGUGGGACGACAUGCUUUUACACGCUGAAACUUUGGAGGAUUGCCCUACCACAGGAACCAUGUUGGUCCAGUGGGUGCGCAAGUUUCCUUUCUUUUGUAGUGACAGAGAAUACAUCAUAGGCCGUCGAAUUUGGGAGUCAGGUCGAAUGUACUACUGUGUUACAAAGGGAGUUCCUUGCUCCUCUGUGCCAAGACGCAACAAACCAAGGCGUGUUGAUUUGUACUAUUCAAGCUGGUGCAUUCGUGCAGUUGAAUCAAAAAGAGGGGAUGGCCAGCUGACUGCCUGUGAGGUGAUGCUGUUCCACCAUGAAGACAUGGGUAUUCCUUGGGAAAUUGCAAAGCUUGGAGUCCGGCAGGGUAUGUGGGGAGCUGUGAAGAAGAUUGAGCCUGGUCUACGUGCAUAUCAGAAAGAUAGAGCAUCUGCAGCUCCACUUUCACGUAGUGCUUUCAUGGCUCAGAUCAACACCAAAGUGAGUGCAGACUACCUGAGAUCUUUGGAGAGCAGGACUAGUAGUGAUAUGUUAGAGAUUGAAUCUCAGGAAACACCGGAGAAACGUGUUGGGAAUAAUAUAUCGAAGUUUUUAGUGAUUGGUGGGGCUGUUGCUCUUGCUUGUACUCUUGACCGGGGGCUCGCAACUAAGGCACUUAUAUUUGGAGUCGCCAGAAGGUUUGCAAUUGGAAGGAGGAUGUGAUACAUGAUUUUUUUCUAACUUCAUUCCGAAAGCACUGGACAUAGAUGAUUGCUGAAGCAGUGAAGUGAGAAAUAGUCCAUUGCUGAUCUCCUUACCCUUUCAGAAGGAACAUGAACUUCCAUUCUUUUUUCCCUAUUUGAGCUUAAGCGCAGCUUCAGAACGGAAAACGACAAAAGUUCUUUAAACUGUUGUAUUCACUAAGUUUAGCAAUUCAAUGUCAUCAAAGAAUCUCAAGCUGCAGAAAUAACAAGAUUCAGGGUUCUUUUCUUGUUCAUUUAAAA